AUGCAUGUGUACACCCUUGCUUUCGGGAUACUUCUACUAGGUGCAGCGGAAGGGAGGAACCAAGAUGGUUCAGCCUCACGAUAUGACUUUGUUAUUGUUGGCGGAGGUACAAGUGGGUUGGUUGUUGCAAACAGGUUAUCGGAGAUGAAAGGUUACACCGUGGCUGUCAUUGAAGCCGGGGAUUCUGUCUUUGGCAAUGCUAAUGUUACUGACGUGACAGGCUACGGUCGAAGCUUUGGAACGAAGAUCGACUGGGCCUACUUGACUGAGAAUCAGACAUAUGCUGGCGGUAAGCAGCAAAUUAUGCGUGCUGGAAAGGCCAUUGGUGGGACGAGCGCUAUCAACGGAAUGUCGUACACUCGGGCUGAAACGGUUCAAAUCGAUCUUUGGGAGAAGGUUGGAAAUAAGGGUUGGAAUUGGAGGACCCUCUUCCCAUACUACCAAAAAUCAGAAGGGUUCCAGGUGCCAACUUCAGAUAAAAUUGGUGAUGGCGCCGACUACUAUAUCGGCUACCAUGGGGAGAGAGGCCCAUUGAAGGUCGGUUGGCCUAAGAUGAUGACCAAUGGCAGUGUGCUUCCUAUACUUGACGAAACCUUCUCUGAACUAGGUGUUCCCUACAAUCGCGACGUUAAUGGUGGCAAUAUGGUGGGACUCACGUCACAUCCAAAUACUGUCGACAGAGAUGCCAACAUUCGGGAAGAUGCUGCUCGAGCUUACUUUUGGCCUUUUGAAAACCGCCAUAAUCUCAAGAUUAUCUCGAACACCCUAGCGAAAAAGAUCGUCUGGGACAACAACUCAGAUGAUCUGGCUGUCGCGAUUGGGGUGGAAGUUACUGGCCCCGACGGGAAUGAAGUAAUAUAUGCCUCGAAGGAGGUCAUCUUGUCGGCUGGCUCUUUGAAAUCAUCCGUGAUACUGGAGCUGUCGGGCAUCGGAAAUCCAGAUAUCCUUGACAAGCAUAAUAUUCCUGUCAAGGUUAAUCUUCCCACAGUCGGUGAGAACUUGCAAGAUCAAACAAACAAUGGUCUCUCCUACGCAGGAGAGGAAUUCUGGAUCGGUGGACCAACUUUCUCCGCGCUUCCGUCAGCUGAGCAAAUAUACGGGAACCGUGUUUCCGGAAUUGCUUCAUCUAUCAAAUCCAGCCUCGAGGAUUACGCAAAGGCCGUCUCUAACUCCUCAAACGGCGCUGUUCAAGAAGCCCAUCUUUUGGAGGCAUUUCAACUCCAGCACGACCUGAUCUUCAAAUCACGAGUUCCCUAUGCAGAGAUAGUCUUCCUUCCCAUUGGACACUCGUUCUCCAGUGAAUACUGGCCUCUGCUCCCUUUCUCAAGAGGGAGUAUUCACAUUCAAUCUGCCGAUAGCUUCAAGCCAGCUUCUAUCAACCCGAACUAUUUUAGGUUUGAGCAGGAUCUUGAUGCUCAAGCCGAAAUGGCCAAGUUCAUUCGCAAGGCAUUUGGAACCGCUCCUCUCAGUCAAUUUGUCGGCGAGGAGUUUGCUCCGGGAUUAGAUCGUGUUUCUGAGAAUGCGUCAGACUCUACAUGGCGCAGUUGGGUUAAGUCAAACUAUCGAUCAAACUUCCACCCGGUUGGUACGGCUAGCAUGCUUCCGCGAGACAAGGGAGGCGUGGUAAGCCCUGAGCUCAAAGUCUACGGAACCAAGAACGUCCGCGUCAUUGAUGCUUCUGUUUUACCAUUCCAGCUCUGUGGUCACUUGACAAGUACCCUCUACGCUGUUGCUGAAAUGGCGUCAGAUCUGAUCAAAAAGAGAUAUAUAUUCUAG